GUCGACGACGCUUUCACUCAGCGACAAUGUGAGAGUCUGGCUUCAACGUUGUCUACUUAGACAUCCCAGCCAACAAUGGCUUGCUGUAGCUGCAGCGCGAGCUUUGGUCGGUUGGCGCCUAGGUUAGGAGCGCAACUACGGCCCAUUCUCGUUAACGGCGCCCAAUCACCAUCAUCAGCAUCCAUAUGCACCAGCAGCACGGCGAACAAUUCGGCAUCGCGGGCAUCGCGGGCAUCGCGACCAUCGCUUAUGACAACAUCGAAUGCCAAUACACCGUCAAGCCGCACCGCCCGACGCGCCCUCCACACAUCGCCAUCCCGGCAAAAGAUUGAUCUGAAGCAGCUCAUCCUUGGCCGCGUCGCGCAGAGCCUUGCAACCGGGAGGAGCACCUACUUCAUCUACUCGGCCACCGAGCGCAUGUACAAAACAUGCGCCGCCCAAGCCGACUAUGCCAUUGAGCCCGCCGAUCGAAAGGCGGGUAAACUACAGACAGGGCCCGACGGGGAGGAAAUUGGCACCAGCAAGGGCGGGGAAUGGCACAAUGGCCUUUCCCUCCCCCCGACAUUCAGCACCUGGGCCCACGUCACCAUGCUGCACAUGUACCUCCUGCUCGUCCGCUUCCGGUGCAUGGACAAGGCGUCACAGCAAGCCUGGCAGGACCAGCUCGUCAACCACUUCUUCUACCAGGCCGAGGCCAAGAUGGAGCUGGUGCACGACCUGUCGUCGCGCAUGAUCCGACAGCAGUACCUCAAGGACCUGUUCGUGCAGUGGCGUGGCCUGGUCAUGGCCUACGACGAGGGGCUCGUCAAGGGCGACGCCGUGCUCGCCUCGGCCGUGUGGAGGAACCUGUUCAAGGCGCGCGAGGAUGUCGACGUGAGGGCGCUGGCCGCCGUUGUCAGCUGGAUGCGCGCCAGCUUGGCCGACUUGGGUCACAUGAGAGACGAGCUAUUCGACAUGGAAGGCGAGAAGGCCAUUGUGCAGCGGUCCGUGACUGCCGAGUUCGAGUCGGUCGACGUGCCGGCCGGGGCCAUGACCAAGGCCUUUGAGCAGGCGGGGAUCAUCAAGCCCGGCGUGGCCACCACCAGCACAAGGCCAUAGCCAUGUCUAUGCCCAUACUGUAGAGCAUGUACAUUAGACACCCAACCCUUGCCGCUGACCCGGGGCCUGGUCACGGCCUGUAACCCCCUGAUUGAUAUCCUGUAAAACACAGCUUCAAAUAAAAAAGACUCGCUCAGUCCACUUUC